UCAUAAUGAUAAUUAACCUUCGUCAACGAUAACUGUAUAUUGUUAUACUUUGUGAAUCAAGUGACAUCGAUGCCACUCGACUUCGAGUUUCAAAUACGUAAUAUAUAAUAUACCUAUAUUUAAUUUGACCUAAAUCAUUUAAAUAGAAUAAGAUGCAGCAUAGUAACAGAAUGAUAACCAUUUGGAGAUUCUUCGUCAAGAAUAGUCCCACUGUUUCUCAGACAAUAAAUAUUACAAGAACUUUAUCUACUGAAAGAAAAUAUGUGGAGACGACGGAAAAAGAUGGGAUCAGAACCAUCCGUUUGAGCGACUCUGCUUCGCGCAAUUCCUUAUCGUUAGAAAUGCUGAAGAUUUUGCUGAGAGAAAUCAAGAGGGAUGAGGACAACAAGAAUCUUCGAUCGAUUCUACUGAUAUCCGAGCCUGGAAAAGUGUUUUCCGCCGGACACAACUUGAAGGAACUGUCAGCUACAAACGCCAAGUCCCAUAAGGACGUAUUCGAGACCUGUGCAGAACUGAUGCGGGCCAUUAGUCAGAGUCCAGUGCCGGUGAUCGCGGCGGUGGACGGUCUAGCAGCUGCAGCUGGUUGUCAGUUGGUCGUAGCAUGUGAUAUCGCGGUGUGCACGGAAAGAAGUUCCUUUUCUACUCCAGGGGCAAAUCUCGGAAUAUUUUGCUCGACUCCGGGUAUACCGCUGGUGCGCAAUGUGCCAAGGAAGAGGGCGAUGUAUAUGCUCUUCACGGGACUUCCUAUUUCCGGCAGAGAAGCUUACGAGUGUGGCCUCGUUAGUAAAGUCGUGCCCGAUGAUAAGCUCGACGAGGAAGUCCGCCGAAUUAUAGAUGCGAUCAAGAUGAAGAGUCGCUCGGUUGUGCACAUUGGCAAAACAUUCUUGUACGAACAAAUGGAUCUCGAUAUAUCGACGGCAUAUUUUCUGGGCACAGAAAAAAUGGUGAAUAAUUUAAAGAUGAAAGAUGCUCAAGAAGGGAUACGAAGUUUUCUGGAAAAGAAAAAGCCGAAUUGGUCACACAAUUAUGAGAAGAAUUAAUUACAUUCAAAUUUCGAACUUAUCUUUCUCUCUCAUUAUAAUCAUGAAUUAUCCUAUUAAAUGUAACAUCUUUUUAUAUACAAAAUUUUUUACAAAUGAAUUGUACUUUUUUACAACA